GUUGGCACUUCAUUUUUUCGUCCCGAUAGUUGCACGACAGAGUCUGUAGCAGACGAGAACAGAGCCUGUAGCAGACGAGAAUAAACCGCCACGAGCAACGAAAGAUGCUAACACGCGCCUUGAACUGCUAUCUCCGUACAAAAUCAUUAUACAGCUCUCAUCAAAUAGCGUAGCGCACCAGAGUUGAGGCCUUAUUAGCUUGAAGACCAACAGUAUCGCAGAAUGGUUCUGAUGUUACCAGUGCCACCGUUUGCUAUGUAUGAAGCGAUACGACUGAAAGCGCAAACUUCAGUUGAGUCUGAAUCAUGAGAUCCACGAACUUUGGCUUCGAUCUCCAGAAGUGCCUCAUCGUCACUGCAUGCUUUCAGCCCGAGCACUAUUAUAAGAACAAGUCCUGGGGGCAAAGAUGCUCGGUGUGCCUCAACGCGCACUGCGUUGAGCCUCGGUCGCAAUAUGACCAACAUCACCAGACGCUGUCGAACACCGCGUCUUAUUAGCUCGCAACGACAUGUCGUUAUUCCGAUCUUACCGCCCAAAUUGAGCCAGCUGAAGCGAGUGAGUGAUGUCACGGCUAAAAGCGGCCAUGCUAGUACGUGCGCGUGAUCGAUGGACCGGGCAUGGGAUCGAAGCCGCGCUCUCGAUCUCAUGGCCUCGUGGCCUCACUUUAGCUUCAUUGACAAGAAUAGCUUCGUCUCUGCGCGCCAAGUUGAACCGAACCGAACCGCUCAAGAUCCACAGUCUGUCGCGGUAAUGCGCCUCACGCACCCGUCUGCACCAAGCAGCCAAAGAUGUCGAGCCCCAGAGCUCAUUUAGCAACACACGAGAGAGAAACCACCACCCGCGACGGAGCAAGGCAAGCAAGCGAGGUAAAAAUGGCGACACGCAGCUGCUGGUGACGGCCGAGAUGCUCGUGGCUUCCGCCUUCCAGAUCCAUUUUGGACGUGGACAUGGGCGGCGGUGUGGCAUCUCGGCCAGUCGGACCAGGGCGCUGUUACAGUGCGGCCGCGUUGAUUCUUCCUCCCCAGCGGCGAAGGAGAUCUCCUAACGACAUGUCUGAUUGUAUCUUGUAGCCAUGUCGGGAGCACUAGGACUGAGUCAGCAGGGCGUCGAGCUCGAGAGCAUCAUGCGCAGCGUGGAGGGCGUGGAGCGCAAGACGCGCAUCUUCUGCACGCUGGGCCCGUCCUGCUGGUCCGAGGAAGGGCUGGGCGAGCUCAUUGACGCCGGCAUGAACGUGGCCCGCUUCAACUUCUCGCACGGAGACCACGCCAGCCACGCCGAGACGCUCAACCGGCUGCGCGCGGCGCUGGCUUCGCGCCCGCACAAGAACGUGGCCAUCAUGCUGGACACGAAGGGCCCCGAGAUCCGCACGGGCUUCCUGGCCAACAAGGACAAGGUGACCAUCAAGAAGGGCUCCACGCUGGAGCUCACGACGGACUACGAGUUCCUGGGCGACGAGAACAAGAUCGCCUGCUCGUAUCCUGAGCUCCCCCAGUCUGUGAAGGUCGGCGGCUCAAUCCUCGUGGCCGACGGCUCGCUGGUGCUCACGGUCACGGAGAUCAAGGAGGACGGUGUCGUGACGCGGGCCAACAACUCGGCCACGCUGGGCGAACGCAAGAAUAUGAACCUACCGGGCUGCAAGGUGACGCUGCCGACGCUGACGGAGAAGGACGAGGACGACCUCGUGAAUUUCGGCCUGGUGCACGGCGUCGACUACAUUGCUGCGUCGUUCGUGCGCACGGCCCAGGAUAUCGACAACAUUCGUGAGGUGCUUGGCCCUCGCGGACGCGCUAUCAAAAUUAUCGCUAAGAUCGAGAGUCAGGAAGGACUCGAGAACUUCGACGAGAUCCUGGCCAAGACGGACGGCGUCAUGGUUGCCCGCGGCGACUUGGGCAUGGAAAUCCCGCCUGAGAAGGUGUUCCUGGCCCAGAAAAUGAUGAUCCGCAAGGCCAACAUCGCUGGUAAGCCGGUUGUGACGGCCACGCAGAUGCUGGAGUCGAUGAUCAAGGCUCCUCGCCCGACCCGUGCCGAGUGCACGGAUGUGGCCAACGCCGUGCUUGACGGCACGGACGCCGUGAUGCUUUCAGGCGAGACUGCUAACGGUGACUACCCCACUGAGGCCGUCUCGAUGAUGUCGAAGAUCUGCGUGCAGGCUGAGGGCGCCAUCCACUAUAACGAGCUGUACCAGGCGCUGCAUAACUCGGUGCUCGACACCUACGGCCAGAUGGAUACACAGGAGGCCAUUACGUCGUCUGCGGUGAAGACAGCCAUCGACAUCAACGCGAAGAUGAUCGUGGUGCUGACGGAGUCGGGCAACACGGCCCGCUUGGUGUCCAAGUUCCGUCCUUCCAUGCCGGUGCUGGUGCUGACGGCUUUGGGUGGCGCCGCCCGCCAGGCGGAGGGGUUCUACAAGGGCGUCACCGCUCGCUGCAUGGGCUCCAUGAUCGGCACGGACUCCAUCCUGUUCCGCGCGACCGAUCUGGGCAAGCAGUUCGGCUGGGUGAAGCCUGGUGACAACGUCGUCGCCCUCCACGGUAUGGUGGAGGCCCGCUCGGGCUCGACGAACAUGCUCAAGGUGCUGACGGUGGAGUAAGCACGCAGCAUCUCGCCCCCAACCUGUCCAUCGGGCUCUUAUCAGACAGUGUUGAGGCCGCAACAAACAAACAAACUAUUCACAGCACAGACGCUAAAGCAAGACAAUGUAGCUUCACUAUUCCAUCAAAUGUGCUGGGUGUUGACGAUCGCGUUUGGUUCGUCUGCAGACACGAACACCAAAAUUGAGGUCGCACACGACUGUCUGCCGUGUAAUAGGAUGCGGUGCAGCCUCAUCAAGAGCGUAUUGCGUGCUGAGGAAGCCGCUUCCAUGGCUUGGAACCGGAAGUGCCGGCGGAAUCUCCGCAGCGCAGUACGUAGAUCUCGCAGUCAUCAUGGCACCCCACGUUCGAAAUCAAGUUGUCGCCUUGAACGUUCGGCGCCAGAGCUAAGGCUGCGAAUGAUGCCAGGCCCCCGGCUCCGCUUGCGUCGGCAACACUCGACCAUUUCCAGUUUGCCUCGGCAGUCGAAUAGACCAUCAAUGGGGAAGACGAAGACGAAGAGUGGACUGCGGGGGGUGGCUCCACAGGUAACAGCUACAGCUACAGCUACAGCUACAGCUACAGCUACAGCUCUGACCGUGCUCGUUGCGUUACUCUGCUGCAGCUAACUCGUCCAUUGCUGCAGGAACCCAUCGAAUCCAAGCCUCCUUGCGACCAGGCCAAGCUCCGCGCCGACCUCUCCACGUACAUGGACGUCUCGGGCCAACUCCGAGCGAAGCGCAAGGAAAUGUACGAGGCCGACAGAUGCGGGACACUCAAAGACCGACAAGCGCUCGACAUGUCCGUCGAGGUGGCCAAACUAAAGCGCUUGAGCGACAGGCUGCGCCUGUCCGUCUGCGAGCAGCUCCGCUCGUUCAUCGAGGAGAUCCACAGCCACCUGACCGCCUCCCCGGACGAAGCUGCAGGCAGCGACUUGGACUCGCGUGACAAGAGCAGCAGGAUCUCAGUCGAGCUGGCGGACAAGUGCGUCGAGUUGCUGCACAGCGUCACCAUCACGGCGAUCAAGGAGGAGAUCUUCGAGGCCAAGCGGCUGCUGCACAACCUCCAGCUCCGCGACGGAAGGAGCGCCGUGUACGUGAUGGUGCGCAGUCGCUAUCGAGUGCGACCGCGGUCGUGGUGAGCCAGUGUCGGUAGACAGUGAGUAGAGCGCAAAGCAACUGCCUCCAUUAUUGCCUUUCAAGAUACAAGUUGAAGUAAGAGUGAUGGUCGCCUAGUUUCCCUUUGGCUUCCGCACUCGUGGGCUCCAUCCGCACUCUUGGUUUUGCCUUCUCCCCCAACAAGCAGUGCACGGCCACACGGACCCAACACCAUGGACACGGGGAUCCAGCACCAGCUGCAAGACGCGCGAGGCGACGGCCGCGACGCCGUGCGCCAGAAGCUCCUGCGGGUCAUCGAGUUCCACGAGAUCGUCGGCCGCGAGAUGCGCAGUGUCGGCUCGCACGCGACGAUGGCGGCGGCCAGCAAGCGCCUCAUGAGCUUCUUGCGUCACCUCGCCGAGGAGACGGCGAACCAGGUGCUGGAAGAUGAGGCCGCUGCUGAAGAUGGGGCUCUAGUGGGCUCGGAGCGCGACGACGAGCUUGCUGCGGCUCCUGCCGUCGACAGGACCAUGGAGAGAGCCGUCGACAUCUCGAAGCAGUCGCUCGUGCUCUUCGACGACAUGAGGGUCCUGUAUCUCGACAUGAAGACGCAGCGCGAUGCGAUGACGAUGGCGGCCUUCGUGAUGCUGGCGCUGGCGGCCUACGCGUUCUGGCGCUGAAGGAACGUGGCGUGACCUGACCUGACAGCAACAACAAGCACAACGGACAAUGGAUACCGUAGCAGUAGCCAACAGCACGAUCCACUACUUAGCAGUAACAAGUCAUGAGUAUUUUUCGGCUGUCACGUCUUGGAUUUAUUUUCUUCACCCGCUCCGCCUACAGAAGCCGCGUCGCGCCACCAGGAGCUCUGCUGCUGGUCUGAGGGGAGCGGCGCGCUCAGCGCUUCUUGAAGCCGUACUUCUUCCGCUCGUAGAAGAGGUCUGUCUU